CAGCGAAUUACCAUAAUUAUUUGUGUGUUGUUUUGAAAUAUUUAAAUUUUUUCAAUGAUAUAAUAUGUAAAUAAUAUUAUAUAUGUAUGUAAUACUGAAUUUGUAGGACUGUAGGACAACAAAUCAAAACACUUCUAUAAAAUCAGUUGUGUUUAUAAAAUAACAAAAACAAAUGAAAAAUACAAUGAUCAAAUGAAAUUUUAGUGGCGUAUAUAACAGUAUUCUGGCUACGAAUAAAAUAUUUGGAGAGUGAUAUGUCUAAAAAGUUUUAAUACGUAUAUUGUGCUUUAUUGGCAAUGGCCAAAAGAUAUAUUUUUUAAAUAACUGAAGAUUAUGGCUACUACAAAAUGUCAAUUGUUUGAUUAUGAAAUUAUGAGAGCAAGUUAUGUAGCAGAAAUUAUGAAUCGUAAUAAAAAAAAAGGUAAAACAUUUGAUAGAGCAUCAUUGGAAAAAAUAAUAAACAGCAUAACUAUGAAAGAAAAAUUAGAUCCUUCAUUAGCCAGUGUAUAUGAAGUUAUAAUGGAAAAUGGUAAAAAUAUUUUGAUAAUGCGCAGGCCAACUGACAGGCUAACCAAUAUUAUUAAAUUAAUAGCACUGGAAGAUACUUUCGACAUUCUAGUUGACAUACAUCGAAUUACUGGUCAUUCCAUUAGUAACAUGAAGAAGCUAAUAAACUUACACUAUGAGAUACCUAGUUUCUGUGUCACUAUUUUUAUGGCUGAAUUUAAAAAACACAAUUCUGCAAUUACAAGUUCUUUGAAUACAAACAAUAGACAUGUACUAGUACAAAUCAUUGAUAUGAGUGAUAAACCUGAUGGUAUAUUUACAGGUAUCCUCCUGUAUCAUAACCAAAUAACAGAUUUUAUAGUUUUAAAACCAAUUACGAAUAAAUUCGCCAAUGAUAUGGCUAUGGAGUUAUUAAAUAUAUUUCUUGAUUUUGGGACACCUGAAAAAUUGCUUUGCGUAAAGCGUUAUAUACAUUUUUUCAUGGACGUAAUUGAGCUAUUGAAAGAAGUAUGUUCUGAAUUUAAUAAUUUAGUUAUUGAUAUAGUACAAAGCGAGUCUAAGUUUACCAAAAGUAUAAUUAGCAGCCUUGAAAUGUGGAUAAAAACCUCUGAAAGUUUUAAUUGGUCGAUUGCUUGCCAUUUAUUGCAAUGGAAGUUUAAUACUGUGAUAAAUAAUAAUGGCACCUCUCCUUAUAUGAAUACAUUUAGAUCAAAACCUAACCUGGCCAUAGUUAUAAAUCACGAAAGAUCUGAAAUAUUAGACCAAACUGAAACAAUGCUACAUACAGAAGAAGAUCUUGGUAUAAGUGUAAAGGAGGAAGAUGAGGAAAUUAGUGAUGAUGAUAUAUUGCAACUUGAUGACAAUAUUCUUAACAAAAAAUCAGAAAGAACUGUUAUUGAUCAUGUAGAAAUUAGUCAUACGAUAAAAUUGGAAAAGAAUAGAAUUCAAAUGCUGACAAUGAAUGAAUUGCCUUUAAAUUUACAUGAUGUAUCACAUGAUAGUGACUCGUUUGGUGUAACAUCUACGCUAGAACCAAUGCCGUCUACAUCGAAAGAAGUAAAUUGGUAGCGAUAUAAUGUUGGACACGUCUGUUUGUACAACUCAUGUUCCCAGUUUAUUUGGGGUCGGGUCUCCCUGUACAUUUGCACCAGAGAAAUCUGUAUCUUUGUGUUUCAUCAUGUAUAGGGAGAAAUGAUUUGGCUUUGUUUACGGCCGGUAGCCACCUGACGCCAAGGUUGUACUUCCACUAGGAGAAUUCUGGGGGCCGCCCUUCGUUCUUAUCGAGCUCUUCCGCCGCCAUCCCUUCUGCGCGACCCAACCUAAUAUGGCAGCAUUGCCUGUGGCCUCUGCUUCGAUUAACUCAAAGAACCCCGCUGGUAGCUGUAGGGGUUUGAUUACGUGGUAAUUCCAGCCCGUUGGUUCACAAGGCUAUUUUAUUUGACCCUUACUCUCUAGGUGACCUUUCUUCCUGACAAGCAUACCCCUAUCUGUCACCUGGGGACGCGUUCUCUAGCGGUGAGGCUC